GCGGUGUGGUUGUGGACAUGGAGUGGGAGGCCCCGCUGGCGGGGUCGCUGAGGGAGGAGUACGUGGUUUCGGAGGACGGUGCGGCAAUGUCGGUCACCAGCACUCUGAAGAUUGGCACACGAACGGCGGUCGCCACGCAGGUUUACCGCCGCAGCAGCAGCAACAAGAGCGACUUUCUCGCCUCCAAACGCUCUUCGUACGGCAGUCUGACAGACGUGCUCCAAAGCCAGGAGCAGAAUCGCAAGCCAUAUGACUACGUGCUUGUAGGUCAUCGUGUCGUACGAUUCGCGUCACCAACGCGGACCACAUCUUCACGAUACCUUUUGAGGCUGUCCAUCGAACGCCAUGUGAUGCUGCACUUCGGCGCAAGUACAAAUUUUAACGGUCCUCGAGACUACCUUCGAGAGCAUUUUCGCACAUCUAGCGACGACGUUCCCCGCUUAAGGGCCCCAGCCGUAGACCUCAGCGGCAGAGAGCUUGGAGCUGGCCAUGCUUACCUUUCUCAGCGCUGUGAGGGCUUCUCCGAUUCGGACGACGUCCUUUGCACCGCGCUGUAUCUGGCUCGGAAAGCUUCACAGUCGGAUGCCAGCGGAUUACCAGGGAACUCCAAAAAGCUACGGAGCACCAGGCUGUGCAGCAAGGCAACGGUUGCGGCGGUCAUGGCCACUGUGCAGCCCCAGCCCGCCAUCGCGCCCGCAGCGGCGCGGUCCUACAAAGCAGCGGCACGCAACUCCCCAAACCUGGCAGCAGUUACGGCGGGCCUGUUCAAGAUGCGCACAAUAGCUAGCAAACUAGCAGUGCCACGUCUGGAGCGACGCGUUUUGAACAGCAUGGUGGCGCUGCCACCUUUGCCGGAGCCCAACCUUGCCGAGGCAUCACCAAGCGGCACCCGUGCCUGCGAGGCGGGUACGUUGAACCAAGGCGCCAGGGCCGAGCCGCAUGGCGACGUGGUAGAUAUUUCCGGGGAUAUUUCCCUGAAGUUGCUGUGGUCGGAGGUGGCGAGGGGAGCUCAGGAGGCGCGACUGACGGACCUGGAGCCAGCGGGCGCGGGCGAGGCGCUGGCCAGGGCUCUCGAACCUGCUCCAAUAGCCGCGACGCGAGCGCCAGUGCCAGUGCCAGCGCCAGCUGCCGGCUGCAGACUGAGUCCCCAGUCUGGACGAGCCUCGGUGCGUCCUACAGAUGAUCCAGCAGCAGAAGCAGGAGCUCGUGAAGGACCCCAUGAACCACCCGCGGAAGCCGGUCCUCGCCGUACUUGCAAGGGGACACGUAUUUCCGUACAGCCUCUUAGUGCGUUGCUGCGGCAGCUGCUACUGCGCCGGCAGCAGCGGCAGCAGCAGCAACAGCUCCUUCACCAGCAGCAUGAACACCCGUUGAUGCUAUCACAAGAAGAAAAGAACGGGUCGUCGCUGGACAGGCGAGUCGGUCGGAAUCGCCUGUCGGACAGGCGCGCGUUACUGACCCACGGGUCGCUGGGCUGCCCGGCGGUACGCCGCUUGUCGCCUACGGCGAUUCCUGGGACAUGGCUGCGAAGCUUGUCCGCGGUGUCUCCGGACAGUCCACGACGAGUCCUGAGGGUCGGAGGCGACUCCGUCGGCGGUCCGGACUGGGAUUCCAAUAAACCGAAUAAGGCGACGGAGCGCCGAUCGGAUGGGUCGGUUGAGCCGGAUGGCGGUCCUGUCGGUACCCCGGCAGCGUCCGCGAAGCAGCAGCAGCAGCGGCAGCAGGGCUCGCCUGGGCAUAACCCCCACCGCAUAUAUGAGGUGCCUGCAGAGGGCUGUUACCGCAGCGAGCAUCAGCUGAUGGCGGCUGAGGCGGCUGCCUCUGUGGCGGCGCUGGUGCGCCUGGGGUACGACAUAGCGGGGGGCCCAUGCGAGGAGGUGGCGCCGUACGCGCCAGCGCCGUUGCCAAUGUCAGUGCCGGUUGGCGAGAGUCGGAUGGGCGCUGGUAUUGGGUUAGGCGGGCGCGCAACGACGCGGUACGGCGGCUCUGGGGGCCAUCAACCGAAGACUCGCCAGCACCGUGCUGCCCGCUCGGCGUCGCUGCUACCAAGCGGUGCAGCCGCGGCCUUCCAGCGGCUUUUGCAGCUACAGCCCGAGCCAUUGCCGCCGCCAUGGCCGCGUCCACCGCCAUCUUCCGUACGGCCGUUACAAGCACCCGGUUUCCUGCCGCUGCCGCUGCAGCCGCAGCUGCGGGGUUCGACCCCAAGGUCGCCUCCUUCUGGGUGCCCUUCGGGUGUUGCAAGUCCGGAUGGAGAUGACGCCAGCGGCGGCAUUGUACGGCGACCAACCGGCGGACCGCUGGUUGAGCGGUUGCUGCACGGCGUGCAGCGGGUGCUUAGCACCGAUCCGGCGAGUCGUCUUGCCGCUGCCGCCGGCAGCGCUACAGCCCCGGCAGCACGGCUCUCCCGCGCCCACGCCGACCCGCUGAUGGUGGGACCCCUCCGCCACAGCGCAUUUAUGGCGGCGGCGGUGGCUGCAGUUGCUGCUGCUGCUACUGCUUCGAAGCGGGCGGUUUCGCACCUGGAGGAUGAUGAGGGCAGCACGGUCACCGCCGCUGGCGGUCCUGGUGGCCGUGACGUGGCGCAUGGGCUGGGCGACAUGGGCUCGGAAAGGGUUGUGCCCGCUAAUAAGUCGUUACGGAACCGCGGCCAGCACGUGACGACACAAGCGGUGCUGCUCCUGGAGCUGCCCGUACACAUGCCGUACGACGGACCCUCCGUCGUGCAAACGGCCAUGCGAGGCCUGGUUGGCGCUGUGCAUGCGGACACCAUGCUGACGUGGCGGACGCUGGCGGCGGUGGCUCCGCCGCAGCUGCCGCUGCCGCUGGGACAAGCUGAGGCUGGCUUGCUGGGGGCGUCUGGUAGUGUUGCGCGCGGUGGCAAGACCCGGGGUGCCGUCUCUGGCGGAAGUAAAGGUGGUGGCGGUGGCGCCAGCGGCGGGGAAGCAUCCGCUGAGGUGCACCGCAGGCGGCCGACGACGUGUGUGGAGGACCUCAUAGCAGAGGACCUGCAGCUAGCGGAUGAUGAUGGCGGCGGCGACGGCGGCGGCGGCGGAGUGCGCACUCUGCCGGUCGUACUGCUACCGAAUGAUUCAAAGGACGCGGCGUCGUUCGCGGAGUCAGCACCGGACGUACUUCGCGGCGCGAUGGCGGACCUGGGUUGUACGACAGCUGUCACCGCACACCUUGACUUGUACCUCGAUUGGUCGGUGCUAGGAUCUGGUGCAAGGCACUCUUCGACGGCGUCGGGGCUGAUAGGCGUACGGCACAGCGGCCGCGGCGCCAGCGGCGGCAGCGGCGCGGCGGCAGCGGCGGCGGCGUUCCUCCGUGCGGCACUUUCGCCGACGCCGGUGGCGGCGAGCACGAAAUGCAAAGCGGAGGAGAAAGCGGCGGCGGCGGCGCAGCGGCUUCCUGAAGUGCUAGCUCCCGGGGUGAAGGGACCCAUCUUGGGGCUCCUCUCAAAGCGAUGGUGGGUGCUACACUCCUCCUCUCUCGCCCGCUCAGCGGACUGUGCCUUGUGGCCAGGUGCAGCAGCCCUGCUCGCCCUCCGCCGGUGGCAGCGUGGCAUGCUGCCGCCUGCGCCAGACGGACGCCGUACCAUGAAAGGGGCUGGCGGCGACGCCGGAGGCGGCGGAGAGGCAGCUGCUGCUAGCGGCCGGGGGCCCCAAGGCGCCCAGCUGCUGCGGGAACCUGGUAAUGCCGCCCCAGGGGGCCGCAGCGGCGUCAGGCGCGGAGGCGAAAGCCUCGGCCGCGGUGACGGCGUCACCGCCGCUGCAGCCGCCGCCGCGUCGACGGGAUUCGACGGUUGUAUGGCAACCGACGGCAGCCGUACCGUCGCCAUCGCUGACGGCGGCGGCGGGAGCGGCUCCGUUAGCGCCGUCACGAACGCACCCAUCGCUGGCAUGAAGCGGGCCCACAGUCUUGGUGAGGGGUGGGGCGGGGGUAGUAGAGUGGAGGCAGCUGCGAGCAGCAAAGCUGGGAUAGCAACGCCUGGCGGCGGCGGUGGAGGUGGUGGAAGCAAUAACGACAGGGGUGCAGCAGAGGCCAACGAUGCCGUGGGCGCCGGCCUGGCGGCGGCUGCGCACAUAAGCGUGAAGCGGCAACGAACCGACGUCAGCGGCACAAGGGCGCACACAGCUGUAGCAAUCGCAGCAGCAGCUACAGCUGCGGCAACAGCGGCGACGUCGACAGCGUCCAAAGGAGGAGGUUUGGCAUUAGCAGUAGCUGCAGCUGCAUCGGUAGCACAGGCAACGGCGGCGGCGGCACCGGCCUCCACCGCUGCGCCGGCAAACGGCGACAGCAGCAGUAGCAUACCAGUAGUGCCGCCGCCGCCCCGCCAGCAGCCGCCGCCAUCCGCCCUGCCGGUGCCAGGAUGCACUCAUACUGCGGUUGCUGCCGGCAACGGCGUUAGCCAAGGCACUAACGCGCUUGCGCGGCUGCAGCAGCUACAGCUCCAAGGGGCGGCGGACCUGCAGUUCUUUCUAAAGCUGCAACAACCGCCGAAGCAGCGCCAGCCGGAUGCAGCUGGCGAAGCGCCGGCGGCGGCGGCGGCGCCGCCGCAUCUAGCAGAGGCGCCGCCGUCGGUCCCGGGGGGCAAGCAGUGCACGAUAUCCCUGGAGCUGGACGAUCGACAAAUUGCAUUGCUGUCGAUGCUGAGCACGGCGCAUGACGCGUUGGUGGCGGCGGCGACGGCAGCACUGGAGGAAGCGGCGGAGGCCGCGAUGGUGGUGGCUGAUUGCGGAGGCGGCGAUGGGGAGGCAGUGGCGGAGGCGGAGGCGGAGGCUCGGGUGCUGCAGUCGGGGCUGUGGGAGGCGGAGGCAAUGGAGCGGCUCAUGACCACGCACCAGGAACGACAUAGGAACAUGCAACAGCAGCAACAGCAACAGCAACAACAAAGCGGUCGGAUUGCGCCCAAGCGCAAGGCGCUGCUGCAGAUGUACGUGGCCAUCAUGGGGCUCCGGCAGGCCGCUGGAGCGUUGCUGCACUACGGCGUCAGGGUUGCGCACCUGGCUCUUGGGCAGCUGGCCCGGCAGCUCCCGCGCCUGUCUCAUCUGUGCGGGGGCGCGGUGGAGGCGCUGGAGGAGGCCUUUCGACAAGUGGACGAGCAGCGCUCCGGAGCCCUCGACCCGGCGGUGGCAGUGGCAGCGGUGGCAGCGGUGCCGCCAGCAGGUGCCAGCACCCCCGCGGCCUCGGCCUCCGCCGCGGCUGACCGUGGUGUGGGGCCGACGUUGCUGGUCCCCCCGUGCGUGGCGGUUGCCGGCGGUCUGUCGGAUCACCCCUCUGUGGGGUCCGUGCAGCGGCUGCUGGUCGUGGCGGAUACGUUGAGGCCCGAUCCACGAGUGCUCAUCGUCAGCGACCCAAGGGCCUUCUUCGUACUCUACCCUGCCGUACAAGCCUCAGGGCUGCGUGCCGCACACCUGCCGGCAGCCGUGACCAAGGCGCUUCUCGCGGGGGCGGACGGGACCGCGGCGGCGGGCAAUGGGGCGGCGGCCGCAGGGGGCCCCGGCAGGGGGGCCAGUAGCAGUAGCAGUGGCGGAGGCGAAGGCGGCGGCGGUGGGGAUCGUCCGGGAGCGUGGGGUGGCGGCGGCGGUGACGGCAGUAGUGGUGGCGGCCGUGGGCUGGCGGCGGCGGAAGCGCGGGAGGGCUGGAAUGCCGUAUCGAAGCGGCUUCGCGAGUGUGGGGUUGAAAGGCACCUGCUAAUCACACGGCGACCGCAUCCCAGCCGCCUCAAAGCCGUUGCCGCCGCUGGCGCCGCCCCUUUCGCUGCUGGCGCAGCGGCGGCGAUGGAACGAGGCCUCUGCCCCAAAACCAGUGCGGGCGCCAAAUUCGAUGAUUCAAAAUCCGUACAGUGUACGAUGCAGCCCGCGCUUCCCGACAGAUUUCAUGCCCCACAGCCGCCUCCACCUCCACCACCGCGGCCACUGCUACAGCUACAGCAACCGGAGCUGGAGCUGGAGACUCAGCUACAGCCGAACAGGAUGCCGCUUGCGGAUGGGAGUCAGGGGGCCCGCGGGGAAGUGGAAGGGUUUCGGAGCUCACAAACACACGUCGAGGAGGAGUCCUCUGGCGGUGACGCCGGUUUGCGACGGCAGGUGCGGACGGUGGCCGCCGCCGCGGCGACGGCACUGGCCCGCCUGCCUUCAUCAUCACUAUCGCAACAGCAGCAGCCACAGCCACAGCCACAGCAGCAGCAGCAGCUGCCACAGCAGAGCACGCAGGUGCACGUGUUGGGGCAGCCGACGCGACAGCAGCCGCCGGCGCCACAUCCCCCGAGCCAGGGGGUCCAGAGUUAUGUUCACAGCCAAAGCUGCGGAGCACUUGGAGCCCCAGGCCCUAACCCACUCCCGCCCCCAGCCCCAGCAGCCGAGGAGCAGAUGCAAGGAGGGCAGGAGCGCGAACAGCAGCACCAGCACCAUCCACAACAGCAGCAGUCUCUUCCAGGGGUUGUCCAAGGGCCCUCCGUCACCGCUGCUGGCGCAGCGCCCGCCGGUGCCGGCGACAAUGCGGCGGCGGCUGGCGGCGGCGGAGUUGCGGUAUCCCAGGGCGGCAGCGGCGGUCGCUGGCCGCUGGUGUUGAGCUCUGAUCCAGGCUCUGCACUGCGCAGCCGUCCCAGCUUGAGUGAUGCACUGCUGCGGCGGUGCGGGACGACGUACGGCACGGAGGCCUGGUGGCGACCGUUGGACAUCGCGGACGUCGUACUGUCGCCCGUGGCCUGCGUUGCCAUAUGGCCUUUCACGCCGCCGCCGCCGCCGCCGCCGCCGCCGUCACACAAUCAAUUCCAGCAACGUUCGCGUCAACCGAUGCAACCACCAACAGCUUCGGGGGUCGCUUCGCCGAUGCCGCAGGAAGAGGUUCAGGCCUUCGUGGACGUGCUACUGCCGGUCAUGACCGACCGGGUGGUGCUGCUGUCCAUGCGCUACUGCCGCGCCACGGUGGUGUUCGAGGGGCCGCCGGAGCUCGGGGCCGCGCUGGUGCACCGCUCCGCACCACUGCAGGCGGCUGCGACCAAGGCCGGGCUGCGACUGCAUACUUUGCUAGGCGUCGUUGAGGCCGCUCUUCAACAUGACCCAAGCUGCCGCCUCACGCUUGAUGCGGUGAACCCCGGUGGCGCGCACGGCGACGGCGGUGAUGGCUGCGAUGAUGACGGACAUUUACCGUACGCCUGUUUGGACGAGCAGCCGACGGCAGCGGAAUGGCUGUUAUGUACGACGCCCUGCCUCAAUCCCCUCAGCGCGGCAGCGUUGCUGGGGACUGGGCUUACUGUACGGCAACUGUUGCCGGCCAUCAUAGCCGCCGCCGCCGCCGCCUCAGCAACUGGCCCGGAGAACGGGAGCGGUGCCGCCGCGGCGCCGUCAUUACCUGGCGGCGGCGGCGGACCAGUGGCGAUGCAUGCAGGCGGCGCCGCCGCCAGCGUUGGUGCCGGAGGUGGCGGCGGCUGUCGUGGCAGUGACGCAGAUCCGGCCGUACGGCGUGUACGGGAGGCGAUGAAGUACAUACCGUCUUCAUGUAUGCCUCUGCUGGCAGCACACUUGGUUGCGGUGGGCCAGGACCGCCGGCUGCGGAAACAGCAACAGCAGCAAAGGGCGCCUGGGCAGAACGAUGCCCAGGCACGUCACGAGCAGGCGCCGCUGCCGCGAGCAUCAUCCCACAUACCGCACCAUCAACAGCGGCAACCGGUGGACAUGCAGGUGAACCAGAUGCACGGACUACAGCAACAACGACAACAGCAGCAGGAGCAGCAGCAGGAAUGGCAGCAGCAGCACCAUCACCAGCAGCUGCACCAUCACCAGCAGCUGCAGCAGCAGCAGCAGCUGCAGCAGCAGCAGCAGCCGCACACGACGGAGGAGGUGGCGGAGGCGGAUCAGGCGGCCCAAACGAUGUCGAAACGUCCUCGGCUGAUGGAACCAGCCGCCGGCACAGCAGACUGCUCUGAGGGGUCGGAUAGGGGCGGCGGUGACGCAUCCUGGCUGCGGCGUGUGGCCGCAAACCCUGGUCGGGCUAGCUGGGCGCCACAUCAAGAGCUGCAGCACGACCACAAUCUUGGCCGCCUUAGAAAUCACGGCCAGAUCCACCGGGGGAAUGAACGCUUUGAGGACCCGCACAGCGGCCCGCUACGGCCGCCGCCACCGCCGCCGCCUGCGGACCGCCGCCACCAGCUCCACACCGAUCAGCAGCAUCAGCACUUGUCGUACUUGCAGCAACAAGGGCGACGGUCGCACGAGCAACAGCAACCGCAGCAGCAGGACCGCCAGCAGUACCGACAGCAUGUUCAACAGCAACACAAUCAAUACCAGCAAGAGCAGCAGCAGCAACAGCAGCAGCGGGCGGGGGGCAAUCCAGGGGUAAAACCCAUGGAGGGCCGUGAGACGCAUCGACGGCAUCCGGGACCGCAACCACAGUACAUGGAUCCCACGGGCCCCGUGUGUCCUAUGGAUCUGGAUUUGGAUUUAGAUCUAGAUCUCGACAUCGGAUCCGAGGAGCAGAAACACGUUGGCGGAGCGUUUUUUCGUCAGGCAGCAACCUCCGCGCACCGCACGCGCACCGGGUCAUUUCUGGAUCCCAUGGGCGAUGGCAGCGCUGGCGACGGGCAUGCUGCUUCGCUGGCGCCGCCGUACGACCGAGUACGGCAUAGUAGCAUGUGGCCGGACCGCCAGGCGGCUGCCCAUGCCUCUCGGACCUCCACACACGUGCACAUGCCUACGACGACGUCUAGCUCUGGACACGGAGGGUACGGCAGUCGAGAUUUGUUCGGCCUCGGAAAUGGUCGUGAGGCGCCAGCGCUUGAGCUGUCGGUCGGGGACGAAUUCGAUACCGGAUCUUCAGGUCGUCCAGUUGCCAGCGGCGGCGGUGGCGUCAGGGGCCGCAUCCCAAUGUCGUACAGGCCGGCGGGUGCAGCUGGCGGCAUAACUGGCCAUGGAGGCGGUCCACGGGGAGGUCCAGGCGCCAGCAAUACGGAUCUGGGAUUCAAUCCUGGCUUUGAUCCUGAUCUGGAUGUAGAUUUGGAUCUGGAUUUAGACCUGGAUCCAGAUUUGGGCGCUGGCGGCGAGCGCGUUGGACCCAGCGAUGUCCCGGUGCCUAGGGCGGCCGCGGCUGGCGCGAGGUUGCCUUUAUCUCCCCAAAUGAACCACGGGUCACUCCGUGGACAUGCAGAUGGAAAUUGGCAGCCGGAUUCUGGGCGUGAUGUGGACCACGCAUCGCUUGACGCGGAACGGUUGCUGGUGAUCGGUACAACCGCUGCGGCGGCUGGAGUUUUUGGAGCGUUCGCCAGGCCCAGCGGCGGCGGCGGCGGCGGCGGCACCGCCUCUGGUGCUGCGGCCGCGGCCCCCGGUUCAGCAAUCGCCGCAGGUAGCCUUGCCGGUCGGGAGGCCUAG